AUGGGUGUGUAUAUUAGAUCUAUAAUUCAUUUAUCUGGGUAUUUAAUUAAUCACACGGCUGUGCCUUCUUUAAGACAACACAAAACCAAAAGCAAGGGUCGGAGAGGGUUACAUUUUGAAGAGCACAGUGUUACACGUUUAAAGGAUUGUGUGAGUACAGAAAUCUGCACAUGUAAGCACAAUCUCCAGCCCAAAGAAAUUGAUCAGAUUGAGAAAAGAAUACUAGUUUUGAAUAUGAAUUUGAGUAUAUAUAUAUACUCUAUUGUGACAAUCUUGGGUAAGAACAAUGGACAGGGGAAGAAGUGGGGUCAUUGUGAUGAGUUUUGA